AUGCUACUCGUCCUUGCAGGGUUCGAUCUUUUCACUCAGACGUUCUAUGACCACCCAUUUCUGACCCCCAGAGAAGAGCAGUCAGAAUAUCAACCUAAGCUCGCAGAUAACGCUUUCGCGUCAGGGAGAGCCCCAUCGUUCCUCAACUUGUCCGAUAACCCUCAGACUCGAGAUUGGCAUUCGCCCCGGGACAUAAUGGACUCGGGCUACAACUCUCGAACUAUCUCUCGGUCUCCCAGUGAAGAGGCUUCUUGUUUCAUAGCCUCUCAAUUCGAGACAGAUGCACCAUUCCCCUCAGACUCUGCCUAUUAUUUCGAGGAUAAGAGCAUUGACGCCUUCUCCCGCGUCAAAAUUUCGAACCUUGAUGAAGAUGCGGCGCACAAGGCUACGAUACAAAAAUCAUUUCACCAACAGCCGCCACGCAGAACACUACCCUGUCCGCUGUGUCAUGAUCCCCCGCAAGGAUACCACGAUGAACACGAACUCCGUCGGCACAUUGACCAGCACCACGCGCAGUCGAGAAGGGUGUGGAUUUGCAAAGAAGCACAACCUGGUGGAACAUUCCUCGCGGGCUGCAUAGCCUGCAAAAAUGAGAAACCAUACUGGGCAACCUACGAUGCAACUGGACACCUUCUGCGGGCCCACUUCCUCCCCAGAAUUAACAAACGUAAUAGCUGGGAUAAGAAGAGUGAGGUUACAGGAGGUCCGGGAAUCGAGGACUGGUCGUUGGUCGGAAUUGAUUUCAAAGAUUGGAUGUACGAAGCGGUGGAGGUACGUGACGGCGACAAAUUAGUCUUCGUGUCGCUCUAUCCGUCCCCCGUCAUUGUCCAGAGCGAUUCCGAGGUAGGAAGACCAGUUACAAUUUCUGGCAGGGAAAAUGACCUAAAACACAACUUGUUCGAAGCUCCUAGUGGCGCAAACGAACAGUCAAAAGUCUCAGAUGAUACUCUGGGCAUAAUUUCUCACAGAAACUUUGCGGAGACUUACGCUUCGGAGUCUACCAUAGACUUUCCUCAGCCAAAUGCUGACGAUGUGCGGUCUGGUACGGCCAGUGCUCGUCAAGAGUCAUAUUCGCCGGUGAUUCAGCCCAUUGCGUUGCCAGCGGACGCAACAGGUUCAGAAGUGAGCUAUGUCCCAAGCACGCCACAGAGUUCUUUGAGCAGGGCAGUCGACAGCUCGAGAAGCCUUGUAAGCAUCUCUGAAGGCGAGCUCUCAUUUAUGGGCAUGGAGAACAGCCGGGCUACUGAGAUACCUCCGCCUCGCUUCAAUUCCAACACUGCUACUUUCCUCAAUGGUCUGGCUCAGCGGAUUGUAGAUCGAUGCAUCCACGGGUCUUAUCAGCACAGGCCGAGAAUGCGAGUCGGGUCGGAACACACAUCUUCUUCAGAAUCCGCGUCCUCCUCGCAGCCAGCUACAAGGACGACUUCGGCAACAAGUCAGUCGAGCAACCUGCUAGGGUUGCACCCACGUGGUAUCGGCCCCGACGAGCCGGAUGAUGACGAUUCUUCGAAGCGCUCCCCGGUCUUGAAGAGAAAAGUGGACGAAGAAGAGCCACCAUCGAAAUUAUUUGCUUGUCCUUACGCCAAAUUCAAUCCGUCCAAAUACUCCCGGGAGAAUCUGGCUGAACCUGCCUAUUGGAACUGCAGUAGUUGCUGCCUGCGCGACAUCUCUAGAUUAAAGCAGCAUCUGUAUCGCAUCCAUAAGAGACCGGACUACUAUUGUGGAAGCUGUUUCAAGUCAUACAAGUCGCGCGAACAGCUCGAUGAGCACACCAGGCAGCGACCACCAUGCGAACUGCAGGGCCCUAGAUACGAAGACAAGAUGACCGACGACCAGUUUCAAGCCAUCAAGCGUCGCAUCAUACGAGGAGAUCCAUGUGAGCUUUGGUUCAACAUCUAUAGUGUACUGUUCCCGGGAGCGCCGAGGCCAUCAUCACCCUUUGUUACCACCGCGGACGCAACUAUGAUCAAUCACUUCGUGAAUUUGUUUCGGUGGGUUGGCCCCCAGGAAUUGAUGAGCAUGAUGCUUGAUCGACGCCAGCAGCCUGGGCAAUACCCGCCCUUGGAUCUUUCCACUCAAGUGAUCGUGGAUGAGGCUUUCGAGAUUGCCCUGCCGAGCUAUUUGAGACAGACACAGUCCCAGUCGUCCCAACCAUCUAUGAACCCGGCAGUUGAAGAUUCAGAAGAAGAUGUCUUCACAAUGGCUCCAAUACGGAACGCGACACAGAGCGCGGCACCAUCUAACCGUCAUGAAAACGCCCCAAUUGAGCCGAGGGCUCCAGAAAUUACAGGAUCCAUCGACCAGCUCACAGAUUCGAAUAUUCAAUUUCUGAACACGGAAGACUGGCCCAUGCACGCCUUUGACCCAUCUCAAGUAAACGCAGCUUUCGGCAGCUAUGCUGCCAGUGAUUUUCCUGGUAUGAAUCAGGAAGAUCUCUACGCCAUGUCGGGUCUUCAUAGCACGACUAUUCCUACUCAACGGGGACUGCCCAAUUGGAGCAAUGAAAUCCCUUGGAACGGAAAUCAGUAG